UUUGCCAAUUAUUGGUGGAGUAUCUAGCUUGUUUGUCUUUACAAGUGAUCAGCUUGCUGGAAAAAAAGCGAUUUGAGUAAUAUAACCGCACCAGGAGAAAGCAGAACUGAUAUAUGACAAAGAGAAAGGGAAAAGAAGGGGGGGAAAUAUAUAGUUAACUUACGUAGGUUGGUUGAUUGUGGGGUCUGUUCGGUCAGUUAGUGAUCGAAGUAGUUGCAACGUUUCGGAAGUGGUGCGGGCUACUACCGAAUAUUACCAUGGUUGUCAAAGUUUACAUUUCAGGGAUUUCUGGAAAUAAAGAGGUAAAGAAACACCAGCAGGUAGUGCUCAUGAUAUUGGACAGCAAGAAUAUUGAAUAUGUUGUAGUUGAUAUUACAGAACCUGGCAAAGAAAAUGAGAAGGAAUUUAUGCAGCAGAACAGUAAAGCAAAGGUGGCAAAGUAUCCUUUGCCACCACAAAUAUUUAAUGAGGAUGAUUACUGUGGAGAUUAUGAAGAAUUUGAUUUAGCAAAUGAAGUUGAUGAGCUGGAUAAAUUCCUAAAACUUUCAACAAGUGUGUCAACAUGUGAAAUAACACUGGGAAAGACGGCAGAUAGUAAGGAUUCUGCUGAAAAUGGAGAACUAAAUGGAAUUGCUUCCAGUAGGGAGAAUUCAGCUGAGAAAGAGAAAGAAGCCGUGGAAGAAGACUCAAAGACUGAAGAGGAGGAAGCUACUGAGGAAGAAUAAGAUCAUGCUGUGCUGAUUAACUGCUUGCCAAUGGGUGUCAUCAGCAAUGUUUGUGCAGCAGGAUUUAUGGAAACUGUGUCUUGUACUACACGAGUUUGCCUAACAGAUUGCUCAAAUUCCUUCUCACUAAUUGUAAUUGGUUUGAAUGGAUUACACACACAUAUAUAUAUAAAUAAAUCUGGAAAACAAUUCAUGUUCUACACACCUUGAAGAAGUAGCUUAUGUUUCUAUAAUAUUGUACAGUAAUUUACAUUGUAUUGUAGUUUAUAUCGUGUAUUAUUAAAAAGGAAUCAGCAAAUAUCAUGUUAUUCAUGCUAGAUGGAACACUUAUCCGUCAUUUAUGAAAAUAAAAUAGUGUGGACAAAUUA